AUGACCCGAACAACAGACGAUGCAUUGGAGCCCAUAUUUCCCGGUCACUGGACCCAAUUGCUUCACAACAGAUACUGGGGAAAGUCUUUGAACAUCGUCGACGGGCGUCAGGGGGACUGUUCGUACCGUUAUGUCGAUCUGGAUGUCAACAUCCGUGUCCUGCACCACAGCGAGCGUUUCAUCAUCCUCUCCCAGUACGAUUAUUUCUUUCAGCGCAUCAUAGCGAUAAAAGAGUUUGCUGAAGACGGAGUCGUUUUGCUCGGAAAUCCUGGUAUCGGAAAGACUGCCUUCCUCAUCUUCAUGCUUCUAAAUUGCCUAGUCAACAAAGAACGCGUCGUUUUGGCUUUGCGUGGCACGAUCUUUGUGGUUAACUCGAACGGUGUUUUCACCAUCCGCUCUAGGACACACCUAGGAGUAUACUUCGAUCAUCCAGCAUAUCGAGGUGUCCUUGCUCUGGUCGAUUCGGACGAGAGAUCUAACGAACCGGAUCCUGGAUUGGUCCACUCCGAAUUAUUUGCCGUCCAUGCGACCUGGCCUCAACCAUCCCACUACAGAAACUGGGUGAAGCAAAGACGAGCCAUCACCCUCGUAAUGGAUCCGCUAACAGUUGACGACAUGCAUGCCUUAGUGUCCCUCGAAAGACCCGAGCAUGUCAGAGAAGAGGUCGAAGCAGCCAUGUUGCGGUACGGCACCGACAGUCGAACGAUCUUACAGGUCUUUACCUUCUUCGAUGGAGCAACGAUACAGGAAAUGGAGAUUCAGACCUCCCUCCGGUGCCUCUCCUGGUCCCAGCUCGAAAAUCUGAUCUGGAGACCCGCCGACAAAGACUAUACUCUUAUUCAAUGCUCACGGAGCAAACCCUCGCCGCAAAGAGGAGAUCGGCGCUAUCUCGCGCAAGAUAUGAUCGCCCAUUCUAUUGCCUCUCCCUACAUCUGGAAGCUCCUCUAUAAACACUUCAUGGAAUCAAGUCUACAAGAAAUACGCCGCCUAUUCGUGUCUCUGGCCGGUUUUAUAUCAGCACCUGACAUGCGUAGCUGGAUCUUCGAGGCUUGGUGCCACGACCGCAUAUGUCAGGCUGACCUGGCGUUGACCCUCACAGAAAUGAUGGAAGAUUCAUCCAACUUGGUAGUAGGGCAGAACACGCGCACCCUAUCUCUCGGCCAGAAGAGGGGGUUUGAAAUCUAUCCGUCGUUUUUUAGGUACGCAGACACGGAGGACAGCAGCAAGUACUACGUUCCACGGGAACAUAACUCGACAUUCCAUUCGUUCCUUCGCUUCUCUGGCGAAGUUGGUGUUGGCUUCUGGAUGACAGUCUCUUCUCGCCAUACCUUGAAAACGUUAGAUCUCAGGCUCCUAGAAAAGCGCUUGGAUGUGGAGGAACGUCUGUUUGUCUUCGUCGUGCCAGCGGGCCACACUUUCCAGUGCGAGGUUCCUGCACACUAUCGGAUGAACAAAUUCAAAUUUUACAUACUUGAAGUUGACUUCGGGCAUUUCGUUGAUCAGGUCAAGGUAGCUCCCGGCCUGCACCUAGAAACUCCCAGCAACGCGGACUCGGGCUUGGAUUUGGAUUUGGAUUCGGAUUUGGACACGGAAGAAUAA